AGUUCUCCCCUUUGCAAAAAUUAUCUGUCUUUCCUUACGAGCCUCGCAUUGGGUGAGCAAGAACCCGGCUUUCUUGAUCACUCUUUCUUGUACGUAAAUACACACAUAUACCCAUGUGCAAGAAUGCGUGCGAGUCCACAACGUAUAUAACUAUAAUGCAGAUGUCGUUUCAAUAAUUGUGAGUCCAAAUCCGAAUAACCCAAUAAUAUAAAGGGGAAUAUGCCUCUGUCGCCAAAACGUUGAGUCUUGGCGAUUAAUAAAUCUCAAGUCCUCAACAUUCUUUUCUUUUUUUUUUUUUUUUGGUUUUUUUUUUUCCCUCUUGGUUUUGGAUUUUCUCUGGAAUUCGUUGCCUUUUUAUCAUAAUUUUCUGGCCGGGAUUUGGGGUUUGAUAGACAAAAGUUUUCUCUAUUGGUUUGAUCAUCUGGGAUUCUGGGUAGUGAAGUAAAGCGAUCGGGAGGUGGAAUAUUUGAAUUGUGGGGAUUUUAUUGAUGUCAUUUAGUCUUGGUGGAUGGUGAUAGAUACAGAUUGUUUUCUGGGGUGAUUACUUCGGAAGGGCGGUGAGUUUUGAUGUUAUUAAUGAUAUUUGUUGAUCCAUUUUUUGUUCAAUUUCAAAAGAUUGAAUUUUGAGGUGGUAAAGUGGAAAAUAUUGCAAGCUUGGGUGUAGGCAAUGGGUGUAAUGUAGGUAAUAAGGUUAAAAAAUGAAAUCUUGAUGAAGCUGGGUGGUGAUUUUUGAUGUUAUUAAUGAUAUUUGUUGAUCCAUUUGUUGUUCAAUUUCAGAGGAUUGAAUUUUGAGGUGGUAAAGUGAAAAAAUUGCAGGAUUGGGUGUAGGGAAUGGGUGUAAUGUAGAGAAUAAGGUGAAAAAGACGCAAUCUUGAUGAGACGGGGUGGCGGUUUUUGUGAUGAGGAUUGAGAUUGUGUCAGGUAGAGGGUUAGGGGAUUCGAAUAUUGUGAGAAGAUGAAUGCAGUGGGGAGGCUUGGCAGCUAUAUUUCUCGAAGCGUGUAUACUGUUUCCACGCCAUUCCAUCCGUUUGGUGGGGCUGUGGAUAUCAUUGUGGUGAGGCAACAGGACGAUAGUUUCAAAUCCUCUCCUUGGUAUGUUCGGUUUGGGAAGUUUCAGGGCGUCCUGAAGGCAAAAGAGAAGGUGGUUAAGAUAUGUGUGAAUGGUGUGGAAAUGGAUUUCCAUAUGUGUCUGGAGAACGAUGGGCAGGCGUGUUUUCUAACCGAGGUGGAUGUAGAGGACGGGGAGGAGAGCCCCUCGUCUCCCCCGCCUUGGGAUGGUGAUGAUGCCGAGGAACUGGCGGAUACUAGACUGUCAGUGAAGUCGAAAAGUUGCAGUUUUGAAGGUGUGGACACGGUUGCAGCUACCAAGAUUGAUUUGGGGAAUGGGAAUGGCGUGGUUAGGACAAAGUGGCAACGAACGGGGUUUCUUGGGUAUGUUUUUGGCAGGAAAACGAGUGUCAAAGAAGGCAGUCUUUCGGAGAACGAGAAGGAGGAUAGUGGUGUUAAGGAUAAUCAUUUGGAGCAUGCCGAGAUUGCUGCUGAUCUUCUGGAGAUGAAAUGGACUACCAAUUACGAAGCCCCCAAAUGCAUUAAAGAUAAUAAUGCAUCAAAUCUUUCUUCACAAGAUGUGUCAAAGGGGGACUCGAAAAAUGACAAUAAAAGCGUAUCAGAUAAAUUGGAUUCUCUGGAAAACGCUUUGCUGGAUCAUAAAAGCGUUGAUAGUUUCCCGGCAUUAGAGAAUACUGAAACUUCUGCUAUUGAAGUCAGUAUCGGGGACAAAAGUUCGUUCCAUGAUCAAGAACCUAUCGAAAGUGAUGUGACUUCUUCAAACACACCAAAUCACGAUACUGAAGCUUAUUCCCCGCCUCUCUAUUCCCAUCCGAUUAAUUGUUCUCACGAGGAUGGAGAAGUGCCGGGCAUUUUUGCCAUCCCGAGUAUUAUUAACUCGACUCACGAGGCACAAGUCGAGAAAAGUAGUACAAAAGACGAUAGAAGUAGCCAGCUUCGUCGUCUUGAAUCUGAUCGUCUUUGUUCCUUCCACAGCACUGUAACAUCAGUAAGCUCGGAGGAAGGGGAAGAUGAGCGGCUCCUCUUUGGCGACUUUGAUGAUUUAAGUGCCAACAAUGAGAAGAACACGUCGAGUGUUCCUUCAGAUAACGAGGAAAAAGAAGGGGAUGAAUCUCAUGUUCCAUUUGCUGAUGCAAGCAAGUUGACAAGCGUUGUAAGCAAUGUUGACAUUCCCGUCGUCUGUGAAACUCAGCCCGAUAAACUUCCGAGGAUGGCCAUGUCUUUACCCAAUUUGUGGGCUCAUGAUAGCCAUUUGUCUAGCGGGAAUGGUGAUCAGAAGUUGUCUGAGAUAUCCCGGAGAGCUAAAGUUGCUUCAAUCACACCGAAACCAAAUGUUAAGGCUGCUGUGCCAGAAACUGAUACCAAGAGGACUUGGCCGCUUGCUUUAAAGAGAGCAAAAAGCUCAAAUCCCCCUCGGCCUUCUCGGAAUGUCAUUGGAAAUAUUGGUACCAAAAGUCUCCCGAGAGGCAUAGGUGGCAGUGUGGGAGAAGAUUUGCCUAAAGUUAAUAAGAAGAUCGUACGGGCACUCACUCCAACAUCUGAACAGCUGGCAUCUUUGAACCUUAAGGAGGGGAGGAAUGAAAUUGUGUUCACAUUCUCAACUCAAAUGCUCGGGGAGCAGAAGGUUGAUGCACAGAUUUAUCUUUGGAAAUGGGACAUGCGCAUUGUGAUAUCUGAUGUUGAUGGGACAAUUACAAGAUCCGAUGUUCUGGGACAAUUCAUGCCUUUGGUCGGGGUAGAUUGGUCACAGACUGGUGUCGUACAUCUCUUUUCAGCUAUAAAGGAGAAUGGAUAUCAGAUGCUGUUCUUAAGUGCUCGUUCAAUUUCACAGGCCUAUGUUACUAGACAAUUCCUAGUUAAUCUUAUGCAAGAUGGAAAGGGAAUGCCGGAAGGUCCAGUUAUUAUAUCUCCUGAUGGACUUUUUCCUUCUUUAUUUCGAGAAGUGGUACGAAGAGCCCCACAUGAAUUCAAAAUUUCGUGCUUGGAGGAUAUUAAGGCGCUGUUUCCUCCUGAUAGGAACCCCUUUUAUGCCGGUUUUGGGAACAGAGAUACUGACGAGAUUAGCUACCUUAAGGUCGGAAUCCCCAAGGGAAAAAUUUUCAUCAUUAACCCGAAGGGUGAAAUUAUUAUGAACCGACAUAUCACCAACACAAAAUCAUACACGUCCCUUCAAGCUCUCGUGAAUGGCAUGUUUCCAGACUUUACCUCAUCAGAGCAGCAAGAGGAUUUCAACUCGUGGAACUUCUGGAAACUUCCACCUCCCCCGAUUCUUCGUUGACAUGAAGCUCGUGGAGUUUCAGCGUUCUUUGAGAUCGAAGAGAGCGGUUCCUAGUUGGAAGGAAAGCGUGCAGGCUACAGGAACAGAUCGAGUUGCCAGCCAGCUAUACAUGAGUGAUGAAAAUCGUGUUCGUGUUUCAGAGUCUCGUUGAAUGGAUAAUUGUUUGGUAGAAAAACGCCAUUCGAUUCGCGUUUCAAUUAGUCGCCAUCCGUUUAGUGUUUAUGCUUGCAGUGGAAGGUAUGUACAUUAGAUAAGUCCACUAAACCUGGUGGCUUUGCUACAUAGAUAGCUUUGUUUUACAUGUAUAGUUCUGGUUUACAUUAGUAUAGUUGUAGGAAUAUUAUCCCACUAAGGAUAAUAAUUUUUUCAAAUUGUUUUGUUGGCAAUAAUACAUGUUGAUCAAGUUGUUUUC